UUUCCGGGUGACGUCAUCAGCCGUCACCACCACUCGUCGUGACAGUCCAACAGCUCGCUAAACCGCGAACAAGUCGCUCAAAGUGGGCCAGUUUGUCACUUGUUAUGGCCGAACUGCCUGUCGUGGAGAAAAUGAGCCAACUCAACGUGGCCGAAGGUCAAAAGGAGGGAGCAUUCAAUGGGAAAGAUGGAGGAAAGAAGAAGGUCAAAAAUAAUGCAGGAGAUGCUGGAGGCAGAGCUGAGCUUUCACCAGCACCCGAGUACAUCGACGAGCGCCUGACAUUGUACGCUAAGCUCAAAGGUGAGCAUGAUGCCCUCAUGGCAGAGAGGGCCGCGAAAGAGUCUCGUCCCAUUAAAGUCACCUUACCGGACGGGAAGGUGGUAGACGCAGAGUCUUGGAAGACCACGCCCUACCAAGUGGCCUGUGGAAUCAGUCAAGGUCUGGCCGACAACACUGUGAUCGCCAAGGUGAACAAAGACGUGUGGGAUCUGGACCGGCCUUUGGAGGACGACUGCAGCCUCGAGUUGCUCAAGUUUGACGAUGACGAAGCUCAAGCUGUUUACUGGCAUUCCAGCGCUCAUAUCCUGGGCGAAGCCAUGGAGCGAGUGUACGGGGGCUGCCUGUGCUACGGCCCGCCCAUCGAGAACGGCUUCUACUACGACAUGUUCCUCGACGGCAACGACGGGGUGUCGAGCAAUGACUUCCCUUGUCUGGAGGGCUUGUGCAAGAAAAUCAUCAAGGAGAAGCAGCCGUUUGAGAGACUGGAGAUCAAAAAGGAAACCCUGCUGGAAAUGUUCAAGUACAACAAGUUCAAGUGCCGCAUAUUGAACGAGAAGGUCACCACCCCCACCACGACAGUUUACAGGUGCGGCCCUCUAAUCGAUCUGUGUCGGGGUCCACAUGUGAGGCACACGGGAAAAAUCAAAGCACUUAAGAUCCACAAGAGCUCGUCCACAUACUGGGAGGGAAAAGCGGACAUGGAGACCCUCCAGAGGAUCUAUGGAAUCUCCUUCCCAGACCCCAAAAUGCUGAAAGAGUGGGAGAAGUUUCAGGAAGAGGCCAAGAACAGAGAUCAUCGCAAACUGGGCCGGGAACAGGACCUGUUCUUUUUCCACGACCUGAGUCCAGGCAGUUGCUUCUUUCUGCCCAAAGGCGCCUUCAUCUACAACACCCUGAUCGAGUUCAUCAGAAGUGAGUACCGGAAAAGGGGCUUCCAGGAGGUGGUGACGCCCAACAUCUACAACAGCAAACUGUGGCAGACCUCCGGUCACUGGCAGCACUACAGCGAAAACAUGUUCUCCUUCGAGGUGGAGAAGGAAAUUUUCGCCCUCAAACCUAUGAAUUGCCCCGGCCACUGGACGGUCGCAGAAUUCAGACGAUUGGCUUGCGCGCCGCUUCCAGGUCGCACUGCAGGAUCUCAUGAUUGCACGCGUGUUCUGCUUCUUUGCCAGCAACUGGAGAACAGCUUGAAUGACUUUGGGGAGAAAUGGGUUCUCAACCCGGGAGAUGGCGCUUUCUACGGGCCAAAGAUCGACAUUCAGAUCAAGGACGCCAUCGGCCGAUACCAUCAGUGUGCCACCAUCCAGCUGGACUUCCAGCUACCCAUUCGCUUCAAUCUCUCCUUUGUUAGCCCUGACGGAGACGACAAGAAGAGACCGGUGAUCAUCCACAGAGCCAUCCUGGGAUCGGUCGAGCGCAUGAUCGCCAUCCUGACCGAAAACUACGGAGGCAAAUGGCCGCUCUGGCUGUCACCUCGCCAAGUUAUGGUCGUACCCGUGGGACCGACCUGUGAGGAGUAUGCUCAGAAGGUUCAACAAGACUUCCACAACGCCGGCUUCAUGAGCGAUGUGGAUCUAGAUCCCGGAUGCACUCUGAACAAGAAAAUCCGAAACGCCCAACUGGCACAGUACAACUUCAUCCUGGUGGUGGGGGAGAAGGAGAAGACGAGCAACACCGUGAACGUGCGCACUCGGGAUAACAAAGUUCACGGCGAGCGCGGCGUGGACGACUGCAUCCAGCGUCUCAAAGAGCUCAAAUCGUCCAAGAGUCGGAACGCGGAGGAGGACUUCUGAGCCGUUUGGUUUCAUCUUAGCAUCUCAAUUCAUGGGAAAGGGGCUCUGGCUUUUUUUUUUUUUGUAAUUAAAAAGAAGCCAAACUAGUUUUUCAACAUACAUUCUGUUAUUGAUCAUGUGACUUGAGCGCCAUCAUGUGUAACUUGAUGCCUGGUCUCCUAUAUUACAACUGUAAUUGCAAAGUUUCCUGCGUUUAACAGUCAGUCUGGUUGAUUUCUUGAUGUUGUCUUCAUGGUUUCAGGGAAUUACACAUGAGUUGCAAUUUUGGUAACUAAACGGUCUAUUCUUGA